UUGAAAUGUCUAACUAAUUAAUAAAAGAGAGAGCAAAAUCGUAAUGUACACGCAAAUCAUGCAUGCUCAUGCACUGCUCUCAACUCAUCUAUAUAAACCCAAUCCCACAACUCAUAAUAUUCUCAUUAUAAUACAGAUCACCUCAACAUGAUUACUUUCACCAAAACCCUCCCCUUCCUUGCUUGCAUCCUCACCAUCACACUCCUCUCCACCGCCGCCAGUGCCGCCACCUUCGACGUCACUAACCGGUGCACCUACACCGUCUGGGCUGCCGCCGCCUGGCCCUCUUCCCCGCCCAAUGGCCGUCGCCUCGACUCCGGCCAAUCGUGGCAGGUAAUCGUGCCCCCGGGCACAGUGCAGGCCCGCAUAUGGGGCCGCACGAACUGCAACGGCGGCCGUUGCGAGACCGGAGACUGCAACAACGGCGCCCUCGAGUGCACCGGCUACGGGCAGGCCCCCAACACCCUCGCCGAGUUCGCCCUCAACCAGCCCAACAAUCUCGACUUCGUCGACAUCUCCCUCGUCGACGGCUUCAACAUCCCCAUGGAGUUCAGCCCCACUGUGGCCGGCGUCUGCCGCAACCUCCGCUGCUCCGCCCCGAUCAACGAACAAUGCCCCAACGAGCUCCGGGCCCCCGGCGGCUGCAACAACCCGUGCACCGUGUAUAACACGAACCAGUACUGCUGCACGAACGGGCCGGGCAGCUGCGGCCCGACGCCGCUUUCGAGGUUUUUUAAGGACAGGUGCCCGGACGCCUACAGCUACCCGCAGGAUGAUCCUACUAGCCUCUUCACCUGCCCGGCGGGAACCAACUAUAGGGUUGUCUUCUGCCCGUGAUUAAUUAAUGUUAAUCAAUUAAUCUCAUCUUUUAAUAAAUAAUGAUUAAGUGAUAUUCAGGUGCUUUGAUAAGCUCUGAUACUGCUAUAUGAUUUGGGUUUGUAUAUUGAGUGUGUACGGACCUCUUCCACUUUGUACUCGUUCGAGAUUGAAAUAAUUGAUUAGUAAAGGUUUAAUACUCCUAUA